UAGACGACAGCAUUUCUGAAGAGCCUCUGACUGCUAUUUAUCCUCUAAAUGACCAAUUACCGUAACACACAUGCUACCGUGGGCGACUCAUUAGAAAGCUCAGUGCAAUUUUCUAAAUCAAUGUUUAAAAAGUUCAAGUUUUCAGGAAAUGGAGAACAGUGUGAUUUAUGGGGCCGACGGCAUCACCGGUGGUUGGACUCAGCGUUCAGGAUCCUGGGACACGCAUGUAACGACAAGUGGAAAGAGUUUGUUGAGGUCUCUAAGCAAGGGAAGAGAAAGGCUUGCAAACUGAAAAAUAGACCGGAAAGGAAGUAAAAGCAAGAAUGAUAUGAGUGACAAAGCAACGCAGAGAAAGAAAUGCAGCAGGAUGACGACGUAACAGAAACUGAGCUGAAUUAAAGAAACCGGAAGGAAGUUUAAGAGUGCGAAAAAAGAAAGAAGAUGAGCGUGCCAGAGAGACAAGAGAUACCAAGUUGCUUCCCGUCAUGCCUCAUUGCCGGCUCCAUCGCCUUCUGUGCAUUUAGAAACCUCCGCUCGGUUCCUCCUCUUCCCCCCCACAUCACCCACUUGUUCCUGGAGAACAAUCAGAUCAGUGAGAUCAACCCCACCUCGCUGUCCGGCCUGGAGAAGCUGCAGGAGCUAGACCUUGGGCAGCAGAAGGUGCCACUGGUGAUCCGGACCAAUGCCUUCAGCAGUCAGAGGCGCCUUCAGAGGCUGGUGCUUGGGUCAAACCCUGGUCUUCAACUGGAACAGCUGGCCUUUGCUGGACUGUCCAGUCUCCAGAGUCUCCACUUGGAUUACUGUUCGCUUAAUGAGUCCAUUCUGACUGAAAGCUAUCUGGAACCACUUUCAUCUUUGCAGACUCUAGAUCUAUACGGGAACCAGAUUAAGAGACUCCAGCCUUCCGCGUUAUUUGCAAAUAUGAAUGAUUUGACUUACUUGAAUCUGGAACUGAACAAAAUUGAUGAAGUUUGUGAGUCUGAUCUUGUUGGUUUUAAAGGAAAACACUUCACACUUUUCAGCCUUAAAGGUGUCUACCUGAGAAACAUGUCAAAUGAGAGUUUUGACUGGCAGAAAUGUGGGAAUCCUUUCAGAGGAAUAUCUUUCCAGACUCUCGACUUGUCCUCCAGUGGACUCAGUGUGGAUAAAUUAAGUCAUUUUUUCAGAGCCAUUGAGGGGACAAACAUAUCUCACCUUAAAGUCUCUGGACACAUAGGGAAAGGAUUCUCAUUCAAUAAUCUCCCAGAUCCAGACCUCCACAUGUUUGAAGGAUUGAAAAACAGUUCAGUCCUCUCUUUGGAUCUGUCUAAGAACAUAAUAUUUGCCCUAAGUCAGAGAGUUUUCAGUCCGCUGACAGAAAUCACAAAAUUGGAUCUUUCUAAAAACAAAGUGAAUCAGAUACAUAGAAAUGCCUUCGAAGGUCUUCAGGGUAGUUUGAAAAUGCUCAACCUGUCACACAAUCUGCUCGGGGAAAUCUAUUCUCACACCUUUGCCUCUCUGACAAACCUGGAAAUUUUAGAUUUAUCUCAGAAUCACAUCGGCGUUUUGGGUUAUGGCUCAUUUACUGGACUUCCACAUCUGAAAUUCCUAGAUUUAACAGAUAACUCCUUGCAGGAAUUAGGUUAUCCCACAUCUUUACCUAAUUUAGAUAUCCUUAAUCUGAAAAACAAUAGGUUAAGGUCCUCAUCAGUGAACACCAUUACUCAGUUUGCACAUAACGCCUCCUCUCUGAGCGUUCAAAACAACAGAUUGACAGACCUGGGGGAUGUUUAUAUAUUUUUUGGUCAGAUGAGACGCCUAAAGCUGCUUUUUUAUGGGGGCAACAUAAUCAAGUGGUGCACACUCAGUAGGCGUGUUGGUCCAUUUAAAGGUAAAGUUCUGGAUCUUCACGGCAACUCCUUGCAGUCUUUAUGGGCUCAGGGCAAAUGUCUGGAUCUCUUCAAGAACUUUGGAAAUGUGACCAGUCUCAACUUGAGCUCCAACAGUCUCCGUUCUCUUCCUCGAGGUAUCUUUGAGGGCCUUGCCUCAGUGCUGAAGAUGGACCUCUCAUCCAAUGCCCUGGUAUAUCUCCAACCUGAUGUGUUACCUAAAAGUCUGGAGACCCUCUACCUCUCCAACAACUUCAUAGCUUCCCCAGACCCAGCAGCGUUCCGCUCUCUCAGCUUCCUAGAUCUGUCCAUGAACAGAUUUUACUGCAGCGCUGAUCUGAAGAGCUUCCUGACGUGGCUGAAAAAGACCAAGGUGAAGUUCUUGAGUCCUAUACAGGAGUUCAGAUGUGAAUUUCCUGCUGGUUUAUAUAAGAUGCCGCUGUUAGAUUACUCUGCUCAGCUAACACAGCAGUGAGAUCUACAAGAAGUGAAUUAAUGUUGACUUUAUCUUACGGUCAAAAACUCAUUCAUUGUUUUUUAUUUCUUUUUAAGACAAAAUAACAAAAUUUGACUUUUCACAACUUUUCGCAAACCAAAAUAAUUUGUUUUGGGAAAGAUUUCAUAUAAAUAAAUAUGAAUAAAACACUUCAUAAGCAUUUAAAUCUCGGCGACACAAUUUGAGACAUACUUGAGGAUUCUUGUAUCAUUUUGAUUAAACUGUUCACUCUUUGUGGCUCCACCUUUGAGUGAAAAGCAUUUAGGAGUUAUGAAUGUCCAUAUUUAUCUCCAUUGGUGGGUUAUGGCGCUCACUGUAAUUCGUCCCUUAAAGUUGGCCCUUUCCAGUCAAACAGAUGUCAGUGACUUUGUUUCUCAUUUGACUUUUGUUCUUGAGAUUGGAGCAUGCCAUGUUGUUUUUAGCUUACUUUAUUUUGUCGGGCAGAUCCUACUGAAAUUAUUUCACAUUGUGAUUUUGUUGCUUUUUCCCGUAAUAAAUGAAAUCAUCAUUUGAAAGCUGUGAAAACUGCAUUUUUGUGUUUUACUCAGGUUCUUUUUGAUAUUAAAAUGUGUUUGAUGAUCUGAAACUGCUCUAUAAAACUGCUGGUUUUGUUGCUGUUCUGUUUAGAGCAUCAUUUUCUAUUGGCUCUGUGCGUAAUUUUCCAGCUGCACUGUUGCAAACAGGUAUUUACUUUAGAGAACUGUGUAAGCUACACUGCAGAUUGAUGGAUAUCUACACUGAUUCUCAAGCUUCAGGAAAGAUAAAAACAUUUUGAAGGAUUAUUCUCACCCCUGUUUCGACUGUUGCCAUCAUGCUGGAGAUUCAGAAGUAUUACAGCAAGACUGAAAAGCAACUUUUUCCCUGCAGCUGCCUGGGCCCCAUGUGUAAUAAAUGUCUUUUAUAUUCAAAAAACAAAAAAGCAAAAACAGAAGAAAUCUGUCAGGAGGUCAAUACUUGUCAACUUUAAACAGUAUGUUUUUAAUGUCUUUGGAGAUCUGCAGCAUGAUAGACCUGUCCUGGAGGAAAGGACAUCUAUAUCGGUGCUUAAAAGAGUUAGCAUCCUCCAUCGUGUUGGCAUGACUGACUUUCUUGAGCAUCAAGGAGCACAGCAAUUGCGGCUGUUGAAUGUGUUGAAUUCAAAAUGCAAUAAAAAUAUUUUAGUUCUUAAUGGUUUUGAAGCCAAUAAAUAAUAAUGGAUGAUU